GUAAUGGUGUCGUGCGUUCCUAGCGUUUCAUGGCUGCAAUAAGCGCAUUUCUUCCCAACUCUUACCAUCUUCAAUAGACAUAGAUAUCAAGGGCUAUAUUUAUUUUCAACAUGUCGCACCGUGUAUCAAAACGGCAUGAGUAUCAAGCGUUAGAAGACGACGAUCUGGACAGUGGUUCAACUUCCAGGCUUUCAACAAGUAGCAACUCACCGAUUCUUCCUAAGCCAGAUGUGGAUGAGUUCGAAGAGGAUGAUACAUUGCAAGGCGACGGGGAUGGCAACACAUUCGACACCGAUGGCCUAGAGACGUUUUAUGAGCCCGUCGAGGGAUACGAAGGCGCUCAUAGGUAUGACCCUAAGUAUCGCUGGAGCAAAGUGGAUGAGCAGAUCGUAGUAAGGAAGGUAAGGGAUCUUCUUUUUGUCUAUAAUACGUUUCCGAUUUUAUCAGUGGACGUUCGAUUUUCAACCUCCUGGAAGUACCGGCAUGAGGCGCCUGUGACGAAACGGGCGAGCAUCAAAUACUCUCGAUUUUUAACGGUUUAUUUUGAGCCUGCGAUAUUUCCAUACUGCCUCUGAGGCCCAAGUCGUGAUCUGGACCAUUUCCGACGUCGCCAGGAAAGUGGAGUUCGCGUCGUUCAUCGUUCUGAUUUCCUCCUAUCUU